AUGGGUGACGUGGUUCAAAAAUUACAAAAAGCGAUAUCGGAAGGAGAUAUUGAGGAGGUAAAGCAAUUAAUCGACAAUGGUGCUAGCAUAAACCAGGCAGACCAAGAUGGAAACACGUGUUUACACAUUGCAGUAAAGAACGACCGGAGGGAUAUCAUUGAGUAUCUUAUCAAACAUGGAGCUUAUGUCGAAACGACUACGCCAGAGGGGCAAACAUCCUUACAUCUUGCUGCUUCACAAGGACUUCUUGAGGUAAUGAAAAUUAUUCUCAGUCAUGGAGCUGAAGUGAAUAAAAUGGGUGAUGAAGGUCGGACUGCAUUACACAUCGCAGCUCAGAAUGGUCAGCUUGAUAUCUCCAAAUAUCUCAUCAGUCAAGGAGCUGAUGUGAAUAAAGGAGAUAAUGAAGGUCGGACUGCAUUACACAUUGCAUCCCAGGAUGGUCAACUUGAGGUCACCAAAUUUUUCAUCAGUGAAGGAGCUGAAGUAAAUAGAGGGAAUGGUGAUGAUUGGACUGCAUUACACUUUGCAGCUUGGAAUGGUCAUCUUGAUAUCACCAAAUAUCUCAUUGGUCAGGGGGCUGACGUGAAAAGAGGGAACAAUACAAGAUGUACUGCAUUACACAUUGCAGCUUACAAUGGACAUCUUGAUGUAACCAAAUAUCUCAUCAGCCAAGGAGCUGAAGUGAACAGAGAGGAUAGCACUGGUUCGACUGCACUACAAAUUGCUGCUGAGAAAGGCCAUCUGGAUGUCACCAAACUUCUCAUCAUUCAAGGGGCUGAAGUAAAUAAAGGGAAUGUUAAUGGUCGGACAGGAUUACAUCUUGCAGCUGCGAAGGGUCACCUUGAUAUCACCAGGUAUUUAAUAAAUGCAGGAGCCGAAGUGAAUAAAGAAGACAGUGAUGAUCAGACUGCAUUGCUCUUUGCUGUCCAGAAUAGCCACGUUGGAGUCAUUGAAUAUCUAAUAGGUCAAGGAGCUAAAGCCGACAGGGUAAUCGCUGAUGGUUGUGCAAAAGUACUCUCUGCUGUUCAGGAUGGUCACUCUCGAAAAGCUACUCUUCUCCUUGCUCCAGAAGCACAUCCUGAAUUAGACGACAUCCACGGAGCGACUCCUCUAGAGCUGUCUUUGUUACUUGGGUAUCGAAACAUCGCUAAGAUUUUACUCACAUGUUCCCCGUCUGAGGUCACUAGGAGUUAUCUUCAUCAUGCGAUACAAGGUGGUCUUACCUCUGUUGUUGAGUAUCUAGUCAAUCAUGGAGCGGAUCUCAAUGUCCAGUCAGCAGACGGUCAGACGUGUCUUCAUAAAGCAAUCAAACUUUGCGACAGGACGGAGAGAAAAGUGCAAUAUAGUGACACACUAAGAAAUAUUUCUGAUGAAUUUUACGGUGGAGAACUUGCUCCUGACAAAGCCUUAGUGUUCUAUCUCCUUGACAACGGAGCCAGGAUAGAUGUGGAAGACAAGUCAGGUAGACUGCCAAUCCAUUAUGCCAAGGAUGAAUUGGUCAGACAGAUGAUAUUGUCAAGAUUGAAUGCUCUCGAAGACAUAAAGUUUUAUCGAGCUGAAAAAGAAGCUGGAUCUACUGCAAGUCGCGUCAGAGUCGACGAAAAUAUCUCCCAGGGUAUUUUACAAGAGGACCAUGGCUUGUCAAUGUUCAUCCCACCCAAUGCUUUGCUUCAGGGAGAAUCACAAGAGAUCACACUAACCCUCCUUCGAGACCUUCCAAGCGUAGACAUCCAAGAUGAUGAAUCCGUGGCCUGCUACGGGAUCAGAUGUGAUCCUCCAAACAUGGUAUUCCUCAAACCCGUUAAGAUUAGGAUACCACACGCCACGCUAAUUGCCAACCCAGCCGAAGUAAAGCCAGAUGUUGUGUCACAUGAAUGGGAUUCGGUGAAUGCGAAUGCAUUUUUUAUGACCCCAAACCCAGAUCUCCCACGAAGUUCAAGAAGCAGUUCAUCCAACUCUCCAGACAAGCCACCAUACUGCAAGGUCUACAAGAGACACCUUGAGCUGUAUAUUGACCACAGUGCUGAGUGCUGCUUGCCAUCUGGGAUGGUGACUAUGUAUGACCUGGCCUGCGGAUCAUUACAUACUCUUGUCACCUCUGGUGGAAACCAAGUCUGA